GGCAGAAACCGUCGAUUUUCCGUCAGUAGUGCGCGACACGUUGCAUGUAUUUGAUUGUUUCGUUUUCAUUUUUAUUUACAUAUCAAUUCGUUUGUCAUAACCAUCAAAAAGAUAAAGGUUGAUUUUCUACAAUAGAUCGCAUAUUAACGGAUUCCCAUUCCGUUUGUUAUCACGAAAUGGAUUUACCGAUUGCAGACGCAUCACAACCAAAGGCAGUAAGAAUGGGUGGUUCUCCAGUUAUAGAAAAUGAGAACAAAAUGGAGACUGUUGACGAGUCUUCUUAUAGUACUUUAGAUAUACUUCUACUUGGAACUCUACUUUUGGCAGCUAUAUGGUGGCUUAUGCGCAGAAAUAAGCAAGAAGAUUAUACACCUGCUGUUAAAUCAUACUCCAUCCAACCAACAUCAUUUACAUCGUUAACACCAUCAGAAAAUUCUUUUAUAAAAAAGUUAAUAUCAUCUGGACGAAGUUUAGUUGUAUUUUAUGGUAGUCAAACUGGAACUGGUGAAGAAUUUGCAGGUCGAUUAGCUAAGGAAGGUAUCCGAUAUAAACUGAAAGGUAUGGUUGCAGAUCCAGAGGAAUGUGAAAUGGAAGAACUAACGCAUAUGAAAAAAAUCAAAAAUAGCCUCGCAGUAUUUUGUUUAGCCACAUAUGGAGAAGGUGAUCCUACAGACAAUGCGAUGGAAUUUGUUGAUUGGCUGAAGAAUGGAGAUCCAGAUCUUACAGGCCUAAAUUAUUCAGUAUUCGGACUUGGAAACAAAACUUACGAACAUUACAAUGAGGUGGCUAUAUAUGUUGAUCACAGAUUGGAACAAUUGGGUGCUACCCGUGUUUUUGAUUUGGGAUUAGGUGAUGAUGAUGCCAAUAUAGAAGAUGAUUUUAUUACUUGGAAAGACAAGUUUUGGCCAGCUGUCUGUGAAUUCUUUGGUAUUGAAGGUACAGGAGAAGAUGUUAGUAUUAGACAAUAUAAAUUAACGGAACAUGUUGAUAUCCUGCCUGAACGUAUUUAUACCGGAGAAAUAGCACGUCUUCAUUCUUUUAAGAACCAAAGACCACCAUAUGAUGCUAAAAAUCCUUUCUUGGCACCAGUCAAAAUAAACAAAGAAUUACAUGGCCCAACAUCUGAACGAUCUUGUAUGCAUAUUGAGUUUGAUAUAGAAGCAUCUAAGAUGCGUUAUGAAUCUGGCGACCAUUUAGCUGUAUAUCCUGUUAAUAGUACAGAGUUGGUAAAUAAAAUUGGAGAAAAAUGUGGUAUUGAUUUAAAUACCGUAUUCACUCUUACUAAUACAGAUGAGGAAUCUACUAAAAAGCAUCCAUUCCCAUGUCCUUGUACAUAUAGAACUGCUUUAACUCAUUAUUUAGAUAUAACUAGUAAUCCAAGAACUCAUAUUUUAAAAGAGUUAUCAGAAUAUGCUAGUGAUCCAGUUGAUAAAGAAAAAUUAAAAUUAAUGGCCUCUACUAGUGCUGAAGGUAAAGCUGCUUAUCAACAAUGGGUAGUACAAGCAAACAGAAAUAUUGUACACAUCUUAGAAGACAUUCCUAGUCUGAAACCAUCUUUGGAUCAUUUAUGUGAAAUUUUACCACGAUUACAAUGCCGUUACUACUCCAUUUCUUCAUCGCCGAAGCUUCAUCCAAACGCGAUACAUAUUACUGCAGUUGUUGUAGAAUAUAAAACACCAACAGGUAGAAUUAACAAAGGAGUAACAACCAGUUGGUUAAAAGAAAAACAUCCUUCGGACCCACCUUGCCUCGUUCCUAUAUUUGUACGAAAAUCACAAUUUCGUUUACCAUCACGAUUGACUACUCCAAUUAUUAUGAUUGGACCUGGAACUGGUUUAGCACCAUUUAGAGCUUUCAUACAAGAACGAGACUUAGCUAAAAAGGAAGGUAAAGAAGUGGGUGAUACGAUUUUAUAUUUUGGAUGCAGAAAGAAGAACGAAGAUUAUUUGUAUAAAGAAGAAUUAAAAGAAUAUGUAAAAAGCGGCAUGUUAAAAUUACAUAUUGCAUUUAGCAGAGAUCAGCCUCAGAAAGUAUAUGUAACACAUUUACUUGAAAAUAAUAAAGAAGAAAUAUGGAGAGUCAUUGGUGAACAAAAUGGUCAUAUAUAUGUCUGUGGUGAUGCUAGGAAUAUGGCUCGUGAUGUACAUAAUAUAUUACUAAAAGUUGUAAUGGAAAAAGGAAAUAUGUCAGAUAAAGAAGCAGCAGCAUACAUUAAGAAAAUGGAUUCGCAAAAACGUUAUUCCAGCGAUGUUUGGAGUUGAAUUUUAAUUAAUGAUUUGAAUAUUUUAUAAAUUUAUAUCAAAUAAAAUUGUCUGUGCAAUAUUUGAUACAGACUAAUAUGUCAAUAUUAAAUACUGUCUACAACAUAUAUGGUGUGUGUGCGUGUAUGUGUGUGCGUGCGCGCGUGUGUGUAAGAUUUUAUAUAUUAUAAGCUAUUGUAAUAUCAUAAAAUGUAACUACUAUUAUAUCUUAUAAAACAA